AUGUCAACAUGUAAAUCCCUCCUUCGGGCAUGUCCAUCGCAACGGACUACUCCAUCGCUCCUUCCCCUCACGCAAUGUCGUUUCGAAUCCACAACCCGGCGGCACAGAAAACUGCUCGCACUCCCCGAAGCACCAUCCUACACACCCGACCGCUCGGCUCCCACAUUGGUCUUCAAUCCCCCGUCUUCGGCGCCAAACGUCUAUCACACGCCGCUCAAGUUUCUGCCCAAGGAAGAUAAGAGAAGACAGUUAUACGCUGCCGCUCAACAAUACGCAACAAAACUGGCGCACACACGGCAAUCCUCCCACAUCGCAGCGCCUGGCACACCACUCAAUACAGACAGUUUCCUUCCACCGCGCCCUUCUGCCUCCCUGCCUGCGCCUGUUCGACAGCCAUACGAGAAGACCUACCAUCUCAACGAGAAUGAUAUUGCUGAGAUUAGGAGGCUGAGGAGUCAGGACCCAGAUACAUGGACGCGGGUGAAGCUGGCGGAGAAAUUCGGUUGCAGUCAGUUCUUUGUGGGUAUGGUUGCUAAAAACGAGGGCAAGGCGGAGAGGGUAAACAGGGAGCAUGAGGCGGCAAGGAGGAAGUGGGGAACCAGGAGACGAGAGGCUAGGGAGGACCGGGGCAGGAGGAAGGUACUUUGGGGGAGAGACGCUUAG